AUGGGGUUGCAAAAGAAGGCAAAAAAGCUCUUGGGCUGCGCCAUCUUCAUAGAACCCUUCCAUAUCUUGAUCAUUACCCUCCUCAGUCUCUUGCUGCCCCUCUCAUUUCUCCUCCUGACCAGGCUCUCUAGUUACAACUAUCUGCUGACCAUCACGUCUGAUCCUGUACAACAACAACCAUCUUCUUUCAUCACAUCUUUAUUCCUGUCAAUCAAUACAGCAGUUCUGUACUUUCUUGUUUCAGUUGUUAGCAUAGCCACUCUUAUUCAUGGCUUGACAGGAAAAAUCACCCUUCUAAGUGAGUCAACAGGCGCAACUUCCCGACCCGGAUUGUACACUGCAUGGAUUAUGUUAUGUACGCUACAGAUUUGUGUUGGCUUGGGCGUUCAACGGAGCGUAUCUGCUGGGAUGUUCGAUGGUUCUGGUUUUGAUAUUCAAAGAAGUUUCUUGAGUAGAGUUAUAUUUUUCUUGGGGUUGCAUGAUACCAUGAUCCAUUGGUCCAGGACUGUUGUUAAGCCAGUGGUUGAUGACACCAUUUUUGGUGCGGCUAGAGACGAGAAGUGGGAACAAAGGCUGACUGUAGCUUUGAGCUGUGGUACUUUGUGGUGGUGGAGGUUAAGGAAUGAAGUUGAGUCUCUGGUUUUUGUGGCAGAGGCAAAGAUAGAGCUGCUGAUGGAUUUAGCAGUGGCUGACAUGGUUGGUUGGUGGCUGUAUUACCUGACGGUAACAAUUGGAAUGGUAAGACUUGUGAAGGGUCUUAUCUGGGUUGGGGUGAUCUUGCUUUGUAAGAGAGUAAGAAGGAAUUCUGCUGAAACUUCUGAGCUGGAUGAAUUAGACAAG